GCAAGAGUCUUUAAAUUAGUGAGAGUAACCGCACACUUAUCAUUUUGGGAAACGUUCAGAGAAAAUCCUUGCAAAUUACACAAUACCGAAAGAGAGUAGCAAAGCAUCGAGCAGCAACAAGAUGAACAGCGCAGCUAUAUAUCCGCCUCAACAUGCCCCUGCAGCCAACCCGUUCGCAAGCAUGCCUGGCUAUGAGGGAAUUGGUGCAGGUGGUUUUUUGCCUCCUCCUGUACCUUUACAGCCAGUAGCUCCAGCCCAACCUGGUUCCACUCCUGAAGAAUGGAACAUCCCCGCUCUGUCAGAGGAUGUUGCCCGUGAGGCAUUCAAAGGCUAUGUGCAAUCUCACUGCUGCUACCAAUCAGGCCCAGCUAAUGAGGGUGUUAUCACCAACAUGGAGUCAUUUAACACAUACAGGCUGCGUCUGGAGACAUUUACUGAGUCCAGAUCAACUGAAAUGGCCGAGAAACCUUAUGAAGGGGAAACAGCUGACUUCUAUGCUCAGCCUGCCCCCACACCUUGGGAAGUCCAGACCAAGACCCCUGCGUUCUUCACCAAACACAGAGAGGAGAUCCGGGUGCCAUACACCUCCAAUAUCAAGGAAUGUAAUGCCUGCCAUGCCGAAGGAACAGUGUCCUGCAAAGACUGCGAGGCAAAAGGAUAUAAACGAUGCAAUAAAUGCAAUGGCUCUGGUAAGAAGGAGGAGGAAAACUGCACUGACUGCAAUGGAACAGGAAAGGACAGGUGUUCAAAAUGCAGUGGUGCAGGAAAAAACACGUGUGAAACUUGUAAAGGAAAAAAAAAAUUGCUGACCUUCAUCAAACUCAAGGUGGAGUGGGAUAACAAUGUGGACAACCAUGUGGUGGAGCAAAACUCUGGCCUGAAAGUUGUAGAGUUGAACUCCGUGAAUGGCAAGGAGCUGUACAAGAUGACCCAGAUCAUGGUCUACCCGCUGUAUGGGUUCCCAAAUCCAGCCAUCACUGAGGCCUCUGACCGUCUGAUCAAAGAGCAUCAAUCCAAGUACGCUCAGAAAUCCAGGAUCAUGCAGCAGAGGCAGACUGUUGAGUUGAUCCCCAUUACUAAGGUGAAUUACAAGUGGAAAAAUAGUAUUCACGUCUUCUAUGUUUAUGGAACGGAAAACAAGGUUAGCGCCGACGACUACCCAGAAACCUGCUGCUGCGUCAUCCUGUAGACAAACAUUUUAAUUCAAAUGUAUACUUCAUUUUCUUUCAACAGUAAUCUCCCUUAAUACAUUUUAAAUCUACAGUAUUUUUUUAAAAACUGGUUGUGGUUGAAACGACCAGUGGUUUACAGUAACAUUCAUAACAUUGCAAGAUGUUGGGCAGAAACUGAUGCUUUAUGAUUUAUCUUUAUGUUAUGCUGUUUUACAAUACAAUACAGUUCUAUGCAAAAAAAUAUUGUUAACACCCAGAGGUAAAUCUCUGCCUUUAAAUCUUCUCUUUUUUAAUCUAGUUGCUUGGCCGUCCGCCAUUUUGUUUUUUUAUUAGUUUUACUUGACCUGUGUGUCAAUGAAUUCUAUCCCCAUAUUAUGACUAUUACACUUAUACCUCAUAUAUGUAACAUGGAUGUUUGUUUUUAUA